AGAAGGAAAAUAUAGUAAUUUUCUUAUAGUAUUGUGAGGAAGCUAAAAGAGAGCGCGAUCUUUUGAUAAAUUAAUUUUUCUGGGCGAGCGGACAAGAACAUUGCAGAGUGUUGAUUUGAUAACUGAAAGUGCCCAAAUGUUGCGGUUGGUGCCCAGCCGAAAGUAAACACCUCAAAAGGGCUAUAUAUAAGAUUGAUUUAAGUGAGAGUAUAAAAGCUUCUGCGCUCUUUUGGUUCCCCCCUUUGGUGUGCUUGCACUAAUUUUGUUCUAAUCCUGAGAAUGGAGCAUGGAGCUAACUAUCACCACGCCAUUAAAAGAGAAGACAAAGUCUUAAUUAACAAUUUAAUCAACAUGUCCAAAAAAGCUGAAUUAGAUGAAAAAUACGAAGACUUGAUUAUUUUAUAUAUGAAACUAAUUAGUUAUGCAAACAAACUUUUUUUAACUAAUUUAUUACACAAAUGUGAAGCCAAAUUUAAAAAAGCCCUAAAAAAAUUUAAAGAUUAUCCUGAUGGCUCGACAGUAUUACCUAUCGAUGCGAAUCGUUUACAAAAACUUUUACCUCACCAGAUUGAGGGGAUCCAAUUUCUAUUUAAGUUGUACAACUCACGCCCUGCAGGAGGGAUUCUAGCAGAUGAGAUGGGUUUGGGAAAAACGGUUCAAGUAGUAAAUUUUAUUGGGGCUUUAAUUAAAUAUAAGAAAGCUAAGUAUUUUUUACUUACGUUGCCAAAAAUGGUUCUUCCUCAAUGGAAGAAGUGUUUUUUUUUCCUCCUUUUUUUUAAAUUAAAAUUCAGGUUUUUAAUAUCAUAUAGAGAGUUUUAUAAGUGGCAAUCAAAAUUAUGUAUUUUCGAUGCUACUCAGCCCAACGUGUCCAUCUCACUUUUCCUUUCUAGUAACGAAUAUGCUAUUGUUCUGGUUACAUACGGGUUAUUAUGCAGUAGAUUAGAAGACUUUUGUCCUUCUGAUUUUAUAUAUGACAUUCUUAUUUGCGAUGAGGCGACAAAAUUAAAAAAUGCUCCUUCUAAAGUGCAUCAGACAUUGUGUAAAAUACCAUCCUUGUGUCGCAUUGGUCUUACCGGAACUCCUAUACAAAACAACUUGAUGGAAUUCUGGGAGCUUUUUAAUUUUUUUAGCCCCGGAAAUUUAUCAUCCAUAAGAACAGACUUCCGUAAAGAAUUUUCAACUCCUAUAAAUAAAGGAAGAGAAAAAAGCGCCUCCGAAGGGGAAAAGUUACUCGGGGAUACGCAGUUGAGGGUUCUUUCCGACCUCAUUCAACAUCGACUUCUACGCCGUACUAAAAAUGAGACUCUUCCGAGCGGCCCCUCCAGCAGUUACUUGCCAGCCAAACAUGAUCUGUUUGUCUGGAUCCGGAUGACUUCUCAGCAGACGCUUUAUUAUAAAAAGUUGCUCACCGAAGUCCAUGAGAACCUAUCGGGAUGUCCGUUGGCUCAUAUACAAAAACUCAAAUUUGCUGCGUUCCAUCCUCUGCUAUCGUCCUACCACACCGGCCCUCACGUGUCUUUGGAGAACACUAUUCUGGACGACUGGGAUGAACUGCUCCGGUCGAGCGGAAAGUUGCAUUUUCUUAGCCAGUUUUUACCACUGUUAGCUCGGGAGAAACGCCGACCUCUUAUAUUCUGCGACACACUCAUUGGCUUGAAGUUAGUCAGUGUGUUACUGAGAAAGCUGCAUCUGAGGCACGUAUCACUUCAGGGGGACCUGCCCACCAAGCAACGGGAAAAGCUUAUUAGUACCUAUAAUUCCCAACGGAAACUUUUUGCGCUUCUGGCCACUACAAAGCUGUGUGGGUACGGCCUUAACUUAGUAGGCGCCGAUACCGUUAUUCUGUGCGAUUUAUCCUGGAACCCUGCAGAAGACGACCAGGCGGCCGACCGGGUUUACCGCUACGGCCAGCAGCGAGAAGUGCUGAUUUGCCGACUGGUGUCAUGCGGUUCCAUAGAAGAAAAAAUAUGCAGGGUUCAAAUAAUUAAAGCGGGUCUGUCAGCUGCAACGCUUAUAAAGUCGGCCUCGACGGUGCCCAAAAGGUACUUUUCUGAGGAAGACCUGAAUAUACAUUUUCGGCUUGAAGAUCCCGAAACUUCUACGACGCUGGCGGCUCUCAACGCUGAGCUUUCUUUUCUCCCGGACGAGCGGGAUUGCGUCAAAACGUUGGAGGCACUUGAAGGCGUUUGCGGCCUGGUUGACCGCACGCGGCUCCUUGAUGAGGUCGACUUGUCGAAGCUGCAGAGCAUUGCCGUGAAGCUCGAUCAGGAGGGGCCGACAAGCCGUUUUCAAGUCACUCAACGUAUUGCGGCGCUUUCCUCUUUUUCUGUGCGAUGCGUGGAAAAGCUAAACAGCAGCACCUCGGUUCUUUUGGAAAAUCGAUUGGGCGUCGAGGAGGAGAAGCACGUGGAUGCCAGCUAUGAGGCGUCUGGCAGUACUGCUAUUGGCCGGACCAAUGGCCACUGUAGCGGAUUUGCUGACGAGCGCGUGGAGGAUCUGCUGCCCACGCUAGCACAAGUAAGUUUUAAGGACGCCAGUCACGUGGGAGAUCCACCCACUACCGGCGCUGUUGUUCCUUCUCAAGCUCGCCUAUCGAAAUCGCCGUUUCAGGGGACCAGAAUGACUCAAAAACGUCAAAUGGUAUCUUUUGAUUGGGCUAUAAAUGGGCUGGUGAAAACAACAUUUUCGGAACUCAACCAGAUUUUUCAGCUUCCUAGCGAUCUAUCCAUCACUUGGGAUAAAAAACUUCGAUCAACGGCUGGAACUACGCUGAAUAAGUGGACCGAAGAAGGAGUCAGAACUUCUACUAUUCAGUUGAAUCCUCGCGUUAUUGGUUCAGAAGAAAAGUUAAUGGAAACUCUAGCUCACGAACUUUGCCAUGCGGCUGCGUGGCAAUUUGACGGCGUCUCCAAGCCGCCUCACGGCCAAGCCUUUAAAAAAUGGGCGCAUCGUGUCAGGCAGACUCUUCCUACAGUUUGCGUUAAAACGUGGCACACUUUCGAAGUUCAUUAUAGAUAUUACUACCAGUGUGUUAACGAACUUUGCAAAGAACGAUUUGGAUUUCAGAAAAAACUUGCGGGCAACUCGCAGCGGUCUUCCUGUAGGGUUUGUGGCAGUUCAUUAGAAGCAGAUUUUUGAAGAAAAAAAAUUUCUUUUUGCAAGAAAUCUUAAGUGAGACUAUAAAUUUCUACUCUUGAGCGGGCUCUUACCAAAAAUUAUUUAGUUUAGCAGUUUUCAAAAAUAAUACUUUCAUACUGAAUAAAAUAUAAUUUUAUAUUAA